AUGACAGCAACUUUGACUCGUGAUGAUGCGCGAGAUAUUGUGACAAAAAUUGGUCUUGAUUUUUCACACGUGGAGAUAAUUCAUGAUAUAACAUUCAAACAGAACGAAUUAGUAUAUGAAGUUAUAAAAAAGAAAACUUCAAUAGAAGAAAAUCUCCAAGGUAUUAUUACACAGAUAAAAUCAAUUUCUGGACGUGCUAUAGUCUAUUGCGCAACACAAAAGGAUUGUUAUGAAAUUGCGGAUCUUUUGAGAAUAAAGCUCGAAGAUAUAGAUGGAAAGGUAGGUGUUUACCAUCGUGGAGUACCAACCGGGGAGAAAAAGUGUACUGUAGAGAAAUGGAAAAAGCAACAUAUAAAGGUUAUGGUUGCCAUCAAUGACUUUGGGUUAGGUAUAAACAUACCAGAUGUUCGUUUGGUAGUGUAUUAUACAAUGUCCCAAAAUUUAAGCAAUUAUAUCCAAGAGACCGGUAAAGCAGGUCGUAAUGGAUCUACAGCAAAAUAUAUCUUGCUUUAUGCAAGAAGAGAUGUACGAAUCCUUUAUAAUAUUGUUGCAGGUAAACGGGAGAGUAGUCUAAAUGAUGUUGUUAUGGAGAAUGAAGAAAUAAGACAAGUCUACCUAAGGGAAUGUCAAAAAAAAAUUUGGGAGAUGAUUUUUUUUUGCGAAACAAAGUUUGAAUGUAGACAAAGUGCUCUUACCCAUUAUCAAAAUUGGAAAGAGAAUAAUAUACCGCCAUCGGAACCAUCGUGCGAAAGAUGUGAUGCAUGUCAAUUACGAGCAAAAGAAACAUUAAUUACAAGAGACAUGAAAAUGUCAGCUUUGAGGUUGUUGAAGGUUGUAGAAGCUCUCAAGGAAUUUGAAUCGGAUGCGAUUACUGCCAAAGAUGUUGUUGAUGUUUUCUGUAAGUCGAAAAAUACUAAGCUCAAGUAUAAAGAGUUGGAGAUUUACCAGGAAGAGCGAGAUACAGUAAAACUUACUAUUGAUGAGGCUAACAGGCUCUUCAAUGAUCUUGUAAUUCGUGGAAUGGUUUUGACAGACAUUAUUCUGCGAUGA